GGCAGUCAUUCCUGGGGCCCCACUUCUCUUUGUGGCUUCGGCCCACUACUAGUCAUGGCUUGCAAGCUCUAUUGGCGAUAUAUAUACGUUGUGAGAAAUCAGAAUGGUGAGGAGAUAGCUGAGGUCCCCACCUUAGAGGCUGCCUUGGCGAUGGUGGGUGGCAACCCUAGUGGAGGUGACGCCUGCUGCGUAAUGGCACUAAAUAAUGGGAGCUGCCAGGUCUGUGAGGGCCAGAACGACUCCGAGGAGAACAGUAGGGACCCGAACUCCUCCUCCUCGGAGCAUCACCAUGAGGAUCCAGGGCCCUCAGCAGAGCCUGUGAUUCGGAUUCCGAGACGCCGUUCCUCACGAAGGCAUCGGCGAACCACAUUGCAGUUCACACUGGGGCAGGUCGAGGAAAUGGAAAAAAUGUUCAAAGAAACCCAGUACCCAGAUGCGCUUGCUAGAAAAGAACUUGCACAAGCUUUGAAUGUUACUGAAGUCAAAGUGAAGACAUGGUUCGUCCAUCGGAGAGCAGAAGAGAGGAAGAGUGAGAGGUCUGUCGUAUUACAGAGCAUACCUCCUAGUAUUGAAGAGGUCCUUCUCCUUAAGGAAAGGGACGACUAUCUCUAGAGUGCAAUCUUUGUUCCGGAGCUAGAGGGAAAUAUGAUGACCCAUGUACUCAAUGUCGAGCUUCACUAAAAUUCAGCACUAUUAUUAACAAUAAAAACAUGAAUUUCCAAGUUAA